AGAGGACCGGAAGUCAGUGCGUUUUGCGUAACAGUGGUGUUUACUCAGAAAUCAGGACCGUUCGAGGACAUUGUUUUGUUUGUGUUUGUUUCGAACCUGUGAGCUUCGUGGUCAGGAUUCACAGAUCAGCUACACGAUUUAUAAUCUAAUAUACGAGCUCUAGAUAUUAGUGUAAGUUGUGUGAGGAUGGAGGAAAGUGCGGUGUGUGUGAAGCCUGAUAACGCCGUGGCUGUGAGGAAACCCCAGGAGGAACCGAGCAAGCCCAAGAAGAAGAUCUUGGAUGAGGAGGAAUAUAUCGAGAGUUUGGAGCAGAUCAUUCAGAGGGACUUCUUCCCGGAUGUCAGUAAACUGCAAGCACAGAAGGAUUACCUGGAGGCUGAGGAGAAUGGAGACCUGCAGAGAAUGAGGGAGAUUGCCAUCAAAUACGGUUCAGCCAUGGCCAAAUACACCCCACGCACUUACGUCCCCUACGUGACACCAUCGACGUUUGAGACUCCUGAUGGUCACGCUGCUUCUCCAUCCACAUCACUCAGUAAAUCCAAGACAGGCAGAGACACCGAGCUUGGAGGUAAAGAGGAGAAGGAGCUGCCAUCUCUGGACUGCUUCCUGUCAAAGAACACGAGUGAGGAUAACGCAUCAUUCGAGCAGAUUAUGGUGUUGGCCCAGGAUAAGGAGAAGCUGAAGAACGCCUGGCUGUACGAGGCUGAGAACGAGUUCAGACAGCGGCGAGAGGAAAAUCUGGCUCUGCCAUCGUCAGAGAUUCAGGCUCUGGAGUGUGUGAAGGCCGGAGUAGAGACGUGGGAGUACACGGCCAGAAACGCUCUCAUGUACUACCCUGAAGGUGUGAAAGACGACACAGUGUUUAAGAAGCCGAGAGAAGUUCUGUACAAAAACACACGCUUUGACGUGGACCCAUUCUGCAAAGCCCUUAAUAAAUCACAGAUCCAACAGGCUGCUGCUCUCAAUGCACAGUUUAAAUUAGGAAAGGUGGGACCAGAUGGGAAAGAGCUGCUGCCACACGAGUCUCCUAAAGUCAACGGCUAUGGGUUCGAGGGCGCACCCUCACCUGCACCAGGGGUGUGUGAGUCUCCCUUGAUGACAUGGGGAGAGAUCGAGGACACGCCCUUCAGACUGGACGGCUCGGACACUCCACUCAUCGAGAGGAGCCACGGCCCAGCGUUUAAGAUUCCUGAGCCGGGACGCAGAGAGAGGCUCGGGUUAAAAAUGGCCAACGAAGUAGCAGCCAAAAACAGAGCAAAGAAACAGGAAGCUCUUCGUAAAGUCACAGAAAAUCUCGCCAGUUUAACUCCAAAAGGUUUGAGUCCAGCUGCUUUGUCUCCGGCUCUGCAGCGCCUCGUCAACCGGUCAUCCAGGAAGUACACGGAUAAAGCCCUACGUGCCAGCUAUACCCCCUCACCCUCUCACAGAGCAUCCGGCUCCAAAACUCCUCUCACCCCCUCACACACCUUACACACCCCCACACCAGGCAAAACCCGCACACCCGCCUCACACGACCCUGCCUCCAUCACGGACAAUCUGCUACAGCUGCCGAAGAGGAGAAAGGCGUCCGACUUUUUCUGAGGACAUCACUAAAGGCACAGAGGACAACGACCACACACAAACUGUCUCCUGGGCUUUAUUUGCAGACAAAGCCUUUAAAACUUACUGACUACUUAAAGGUUUAAUCAUCAUUAAAGUGUUUUUUUGUUUUGUUUUUUUUGUACAGGUUAUCGAAAUGUCCCUCUUUUGUUUUGGAUGUUUUAUGAGCUCUGUUUAACUGGGAGUGAAAAUAUAAAUAUAUUUUUGACAUGUUCAUGUAGAGUCUGCACUCUUUUAUGGCCAAUAUAAAAUUUCCUCCUGGAUCUUUUCAACCGUGAACAGAUUAUUUAUUGUUGUAUACAACUUCUGUGUGUGUGUUUUAGAUAAUAAGAAUUAAUUUAUUUUUUAUUGAAAAA